AUGAUGGCAGUGUUGAGUAAUGGGAGUCCAUGGAUAAAGGUUGUUUCACCAUCUUUUCCCUUUCAAUUUCUUCAUCAAUCACAUGCUUACACUUCACGAAUCUUAUCCUUUCCACGUAAAUUCUCUGUCAAUGCUCUUUCACAACAAUCCCUUCCUGUUCGUGUUCGUUUUGCUCCUUCUCCUACUGGUAAUCUUCACGUUGGUGGUGCAAGAACUGCCCUCUUCAACUACUUGUUUGCCAGGUCUAAAGGUGGGAAAUUUGUGUUGAGAAUAGAGGACACUGAUUUGGAGAGGUCUACAAGGGAAUCUGAGGAGGCGGUGCUUCGAGAUCUUUCUUGGCUUGGACUUGAUUGGGAUGAAGGGCCUGGUGUUGGUGGAGAUUAUGGUCCAUAUAGGCAAUCUGAGAGGAAUUCUUUGUACAAACAAUAUGCUGAGAAACUUCUUCAAUCGGGUCAAGUUUAUCGUUGCUUCUGUUCUAAUGAGGAGCUAGAGAAAAUGAAGGAGGAUGCUAAACUAAAGCAAUUGCCUCCAGUAUAUACAGGUAAAUGGGCCUAUGCAACAGACAAGGAAGUAGAAGAAGAGCUGGCAAAAGGAACUCCAUAUACAUUCCGGUUUCGUGUCCCAAAAGGAAGUUUAAAAAUUAGCGACUUAAUACGAGGCGAGGUUAGUUGGAAUUUGGAUACACUUGGAGAUUUUGUGAUAAUGAGGAGUAAUGGUCAGCCAGUUUAUAACUUUUGUGUCACUGUUGAUGAUGCUACCAUGGCUAUUUCCCAUGUUAUCAGAGCGGAGGAGCAUUUACCUAACACUCUAAGGCAGGCAUUAAUAUAUAAGGCACUAGAAUUUCCCAUGCCUAAUUUUGCACACGUUUCCUUGAUUUUAGCUCCUGAUAGGAGUAAAUUAUCAAAACGACAUGGAGCAACAUCUGUCGGUCAGUACAGGGAAAUGGGAUACCUACCCGAGGCAAUGACAAAUUACCUAGCAUUAUUAGGUUGGGGCGAUGGGACCGAAAAUGAGUUCUUCACCCUUGAUAAACUUGUUGAAAGAUUCACUAUUGAACGUGUGAACAAAAGUGGUGCAGUUUUUGAUUCCACAAAGUUAAGAUGGAUGAAUGGUCAACAUUUAAGAGCACGUCCAUCAGAGGACUUGAACAAACUUAUCGCAGAGCGCUGGAAGACAUCUGGCAUGCUCACAAUAUCAGAAGGGCCCUUCGUUGAUGAAUCGAUUGAACUACUUAAGGAUGGAAUUGAGUUGAUAACUGAUGCAGAUACUGCACUUUCGAAUUUGCUUUCUUAUCCUCUACAUUCUACUUUACAAAGCCAUGAAGCAGAAUCUGUCAUACAAGAUAAUCUUCCCGAGUUCUGUGCCAGUUUCUUGGCUGCCUACGAUAGCGGUGAUCUGUUACGUGCGCUCGAAGAAGGCCAAGCUGGCUGGAAAAAUUGGGUCAAAAGCUUCGGCAAAUCACUUAAGCGGAAGGGAAAAUCACUCUUCAUGCCCCUUCGGCUUCUGCUGACUGGGAAACUCCACGGACCAGAUAUCGGAGCUACUGUUGUAUUGCUUUAUAAAGCUGGGACCAGUGAUAUCAUAGCUUCUGAAGUUGGUUUUGUGACAAUUGAUGAAAGAGUUAAAGUUCUUAGGCAAAUUAAUUGGGAAACAUUAUCCAAAGAUCAUGCUGUGAAGGAAACUGCUUCCACCGUCUAA